AUGUCAGCUAUAAAAUAUUCACAUACAUUAUGGUCGCCUUCGGACACGGUUAAAGAUGUGGCUGAGAUUCUUGGAAUUGCCAAUUUGCCUGACGAGGUGGCCAAGACAUUGGCGAUGGACAUCGAAUAUAGAAUCCAUGAAAUCGUCGAACAAGCUUUAAAAUUUAUGAGACAUUCCAAAAGAACUACACUUACAACAUCGGAUAUUGGUUAUGCUUUAAGAGUACUCAAUGUAGAGCCUCUUUAUGGUUAUGAAGCUCAACGACCACUGUCAUAUCGUGAAGCCAUGGUGGGCCCCGGCCAAACCCUUUACUAUAUUGAUGAAGAUGAGGAAGUGGAUUUUGAAAAAAUCAUUAACCAGCCUCUUCCAAAAGUCCCACGAGAGGUCUCUUUCACAGCGCACUGGCUCGCGAUUGAGGGUGUUCAGCCUGCUAUUCCACAAAAUCCACACAUGUCAGAAAUUAAGGCUAUGCCAGCACAAAUACGAGGUUCUCAGACUGGCCAUUCUUUGGCCGCUAUGGCCAGUGAUGUCGAAGUCAAACCUUUGGUUCGUCAUGUUAUCUCAAAAGAAUUACAAUUGUACUUUGAUCGUGUGAUAGCGGCUGUGUUAGGAACGACCUCAACCGGGAGUGCGUCCAUCACUUCUACAACAGCAGCAAAUGGGCCAUCACCUACGGAUUUACGCGCCUCUGCACUUAGUAGUCUUCGUAAUGAUCCCGGACUACAUCAGCUGGUUCCUUAUUUUGUCCAAUUUGUACAGGAAAAGGUAUCUCAAAACCUCAAAACAAAUCUCGAUGUACUGUCGUCCAUGCUGGACAUUGUACAUUCGCUUCUUUCGAAUCCCACUAUAUUUAUUGAACCCUACAUUCACCACCUAAUGCCUUCUGUUUUAACACCACUUCUUGCAAAACAAUGUGGACCUAAACCUAUUACUGCUGAGAGCUACCAAGUUCGUGAUUACGCGGCGUCACUACUAAAAUUGAUCUGUGAUACUUAUGGCGAUACUUACCAUACUCUCAAGCCACGAGUGACCCGCACACUGCUCAAGGGUUUCAUGGACACUACUCGACCAGCAUGUGCUCUUUAUGGAUCAGUAGUAGGACUCAAAGCUCUUGGUGCUGAGAUUGUGCGCGUAGUGAUCCUGGGAAAUAUUAAGGCAUGGUAUCAAGGUGUAUUUCCUCGAAUCUCCAAAGAAGAAGAUCGUAAAACUCUGCUUCGAGGUGUUAUAGAUGCUCUCCGCAGCCUGAAAACAGAAGCUCCUCAAAUUCCAGACGAAACCACUAUUGAUGAACCUGCACUUAUUGCUAAACUCGGAGAAGAACUGGCUACGAAAAUUUCUCAAGAGGCGGAUGGCAAAGAGAUUGCUUAUGCUGUACUGUACGGUGAUAUAUAG